UCCUUUGUGCUGAACGGGGCCUUCUGUGGAUUAUAAUCUGACCUAUCGCAAUUCUGCUUGAUCCCAAAAAAAAGCCUGAAGAACAAAGGAAAAUUUUAAUUUUAGACCACAAACCAAUAGGAAACAUGGUCGGACUUAAACCUUCAGAAGUUCCUCCUCCUUUGGGGGUGAAGAUGGCGAGUGCUGGAGCAGCAGCCUGUAUAGCCGACAUCGUCACAUUUCCUCUGGACACAGCCAAAGUCAGACUACAGAUUCAAGGAGAGAAGAAGGCAGUGGGAGGCAUCCGCUACAAAGGGGUGUUUGGGACCAUCAGCACCAUGAUCCGAACAGAGGGGCCCAAGUCUCUGUAUAAUGGUCUGGUUGCUGGGCUGCAGAGACAGAUGUGCUUCGCCUCUGUCAGAAUCGGCCUCUAUGACAAUGUUAAACAUUUCUACACUGGUGGUAAAGACAACCCUGGCGUAGUGGUACGUAUCCUGGCUGGCUGCACUACAGGUGCUAUGGCAGUGUCGUUUGCACAACCCACCGACGUGGUCAAGGUUCGAUUCCAAGCCCAGAUGAAUCUGGAUGGAGUGGCUCGUCGCUACAGCGGCACCAUGCAGGCUUACAGACAAAUUUUCCAACACGAGGGCCUGCGUGGACUCUGGAAAGGAACGUUACCUAACAUCACAAGAAACGCACUGGUAAAUUGCACAGAGUUGGUUACAUACGACCUGAUAAAGGAGGCCAUCCUCAGACACAAGCUGAUGUCAGACAAUCUGCCGUGCCACUUUGUGUCUGCGUUUGGCGCCGGCUUCGUUACUACAGUGAUCGCCUCCCCGGUAGACGUGGUAAAAACGAGAUACAUGAACUCACCACCUGGCCAGUAUAAGAGUGCCAUCAACUGUGCAUGGACCAUGUUAACUAAAGAGGGGCCAACAGCAUUCUACAAAGGAUUUGUGCCGUCAUUCCUGAGGCUGGGAUCGUGGAAUAUUGUGAUGUUCGUCUCCUUCGAACAAAUCAAAAGGGCCAUGAUGGUCACAAAGCGGAGGACUGAAGUGAUAAAUUGAGAUUCCUCAGUCAAAGUUUGACUGUAAAGCCUGAACCACCACUGGAUUGGAACCUGAAUGAGGAAACCCUAGUAUCAAUUUCUUGUUUUAGCCUUAUUCAACAGAUCCCCGAUCCUGUGGUGACAAAGGAGAAAAUCCUUUGUUGAAAAAGGAUUGCCUUCUGAAAAAGUAUUGACUUUAUGUGCAUGAAGACACGCACACUUAACCUUUUAUAUUUAUAAUUUGCCACAAUGAGCCCAUUCCACGUGUUGUGGAAGGGAAUAUUACACAAACAUGCCAAGUCUGCACUGAGCCCUGUAUAUCUAAAUCUGCCAAUUUUAUAUGCCAGCCAGCUUAAACCAGUGAG